UGCGCAAUCGCUGCGCAAGGUUGAAGCCCAUGAAUGCAUCAAAGUUGUCCACAGAGUUCCAUCAAAGAUGGCGUCUCAGCGUCGGCAAAUGAUGCAAAGCCAUCAGAGCUGGACAGAUGACCUGCCCCUGUGUCAGAUGUGCGGGGUGGGAACAGCCCCCAACUGUACCUACGGACCCGAUGGAAAGGACACCCAGAGCCACCCCAACGAGGACGGACACUUCAGGUUCAGAGGUGAGGAAGGCUGUUUCCUGUAUGGAGUGUUUAAUGGGUUUGAUGGGAGCAGAGUGUCCAGCUUCGUCUCUCAGUGUCUGACAGCAGAACUGCUUCUGGGACAGCUCAAGUCUACACACACUGACUCUGAUGUCCGCAGAAUUCUCUCACAGGCCUUCGACGUUGUAGAGAAGAGUUACUUUGAGACAAUCGGUGACGCUCUUGCAGAGAAGGCUACUAUUAUAUCCCAACUACCUGAGGGAGUAUCGUUCCACCAGCUCUCCCAGAGUCAGAAGCUUUCCGAGAGGCUGAAGGACCUGGAGCAGGAAGUGUCUGGUGGAGCUACCGCUGUUGUGGCUCUGAUACACAACAACAAGCUCUACAUCGCCAACGUGGGUACCAACCGGGCCCUGCUGUGUAAGUCGACCAGCGACGGUCAGAACCAGGUGAUCCAGAUUGGACGACCUCACACCACAGAGAACGAGGACGAGCUCCAGAGACUGGCUGGGCUGGGUCUUGAUGUGUCUGGUCUUCGUCAGGCGGCUCUGAUAGCUGGUCAGAGCAGCACCAGGAGGAUUGGAGACUACAGGGUUAAAUAUAACUACACAGAUAUAGAUCUGUUGAGCGCCGCCAAGAACAAGCCAAUCAUAGCAGAGCCGGAGAUCCAGGCCAGCCAAUCGUUAGAGGGUGUGACGGGCUUCCUGUUGCUGAUGUCAGAGGGGCUCAUCAAAGCCCUGGAGUCUGCCCACGGACCUGAACAGGCCAAUCAGGAGAUGGUAGCGAUGGUAGCAGCAGAACUAGCCCAACAGGGAAGCCUAGAGGCCGUGGCCCAGUCGGUGGUGGAGCGGGUCAAGCGGCUACACCACGAUGUCUACGCCAGCGGACGCCAGAGAGCGUCCCACUGCUCCCGUCACGAAGACAUGACGCUGCUGAUACGCACACUCAACUACACGCUGGCCGACGGCGCGCUCACACCCACACAGGGUAGGUGGGGGAGAGACGCACCCACACAGGGUAGGUGGGGGAGAGACGCGCCCACACAGGGUAGGUGGGGGAGAGACGCGCCCACACAGGGUAGGUGGGGGAGAGACGCGCCCACACAGGGUAGGUGGGGGAGAGACGCGCCCACACAGGGUAGGUGGGGGAGAGACGCGCCCACACAGG